AUGUCUAUUGCCAACACCAGCACCUUCAUCCCAGCACAAUCACCCAACAACAUCCAGAUGGUCAUCACCACUGAAAAUGCCAAGUGGAUGGUUGAGGAGGCUGCCAGGGUUACACCUCCUUCAAAUGUUGAACCUGUGCAUGGACCUGCUAGAGGUCUGGCAAUCUCUAUUACUCCACCAUCACCAGCAGUCAGAUCAGCACCUGGACAGGAAGAUGCAGCAAUAUAUUCUAUAUUGUCAAAAUGUGAUCUCCAGGAAGAAGUAGCUACCCCUGCUGGUAGUUGUUACUGUAUGAUUCAGAUACUGGAAAACCAAUCUGGUAUGGUGAUGUGUACCAAGGCUGUGGUGUUACAAGCACUAAGGGCCAAUGGAGUCAUGGUUCACCUAGAUGAUUGA